UCUCGGUGGACCUCGUCAGAGAAAUGCACAUUUGCUGACGCUGCUUGAGAGCCCAGCGCCAAUAAAAGGAUGCCACGGAAGGGCGCCGAGAGGGGGAGAGAACCACGCGAGUUUUACGGCAGGCAGCGCUGCGAUGCCCGAAGGAGAGCCCUCGUUCAAUUGCGAGAAAAGAAGAGGAGUUAGUUGGUGUGAGAAACGGGAAGGAGUACGGAAGGAGCUGAAGUUACCGCAGCAUAUACGUGUGGAGAUCUUUAUCUUUGUGAUGCGGGAAUUUGGAGGAUUAUCCGCUCGCCACUACCGAUUAGCAAUUUUCGGCUGCACUUCUCUCAUUCCAUCGGCAAAUGGAUUCCCUCAAAAGGCGAACAGAAAAGUCGAUCAGAGAAUCGCCUGCUGUUGCUUGGGUCUCGACAAGAUAAAUUUUCUUGUGGACGGGAUUAUGGCGUAGACUGAGUUUAAUUUCCCCAGCCAAAGCCAAUUUACAAGGAGAAGAGAACCACAAGACCACACGUCAAACUAUACCAGUCCAGAACCAGAAUCACCUCACAGCUCGCUACUC